AUGUUAGCAGCCACUUCUGAAUCAGUUAUAUUCAUGUUUCUGGGCCUUGUUUUAUGGUCGUCUGAGCAUGUCUGGAACAGUGGAUUUGUCUUUCUAACAAUAGGUUUCUGUUUAUUAUUCAGAUUUAUAGUUGUCUUGGUGUUGACAUUCUUUGUAAACAAAAUAGAACAGAUUCGAAUUAUUGAUUUGGUUGAACAGUUCAUCAUGGCGUAUGGAGGACUUCGUGGAGCUGUGUGUUUCUCACUUGUUAUUCUUUUAGAUGAGCAGAAGAUACCCUUAAAGAAUUUAAUGGUGACAACAACAUUGGCCGUAAUCAUAUUUACAGUAUUUGUACAGGGUAUAACUAUUAAACCAUUGGUGAAAUGUAUGAGAGUGGAGUUAGCAAAAAAUCAUAAAGUAACAAUGCUAGAAGAAUGCAAUAAAAAUGUUGUAGAUUUUGUAAUGGCUGGUCUUGAAGAAAUAAAUGGUCAUAAAGGCCAUAAUUAUAUUCGAGUAAGAUAUUUUCAAUAA